AAUUUCACAUCACUAGUGCCGUGUCAAAUUUGUUUUGUUUAUAUGUCACGUUUAUCGCAGUUUCUCUGAAUAUUAGUUAAAAUGUGUGAUAUAAACGAUAAUCCUAUAAAGCUAAGUGUUAAAUGGAAUGGCAAGGAAUACGAGAUACCGGAGUUUUCGCCUUCAGACUCCGUGGCGAUGUUGAAAGUCGCCAUCGAAAAUGCGACGGGGGUACGACCGGAGAGACAAAAGCUGCUAAAUGUUAAAUUUCAGGGUAAAGUAGCAACAGACAACUGCACACUAUCAGACCUGCAGCUGAAGCCGAACCUCAAGAUAAUGAUGAUGGGCUCCCUGGAGGAAGCGAUAGCCGGGGCUCAGACCAAGCCGGAUGUGGGCGAUGAGGUGGUCAACGAUCUGGAUAUAGAGGAGGAAGAGGUUGAUGUGGAGAAUCAGGAAAUCUACUUAGCUAAGAUAAACAAGCGCGUCCGCGACUACAAGAUCAACGUGCUGAACGAGCCGCGCGCCGGCAAGAAGCUGCUCGUGCUAGACAUUGAUUAUACGCUGUUCGAUCAUCGCUCUGUUGCUGAGACUGGCUACGAGUUAAUGCGUCCCUUCCUCCACGAAUUCCUAACAUCAGCUUACGAAGACUACGACAUCGUGAUCUGGUCAGCCACCGGCAUGAAGUGGAUCGAGGAGAAGAUGCGUCUACUAGGAGUCUCCACCCACCAGGACUAUAAGAUCAUGUUCUACUUGGACUAUCUCGCUAUGAUCACUGUUCAUACGGCUAAAUAUGGGACUAUAGAUGUAAAACCACUAGGCGUAAUUUGGGGCAAAUAUCCCCAAUACAGUUCGAAAAAUACGAUAAUGUUCGACGACAUUAGGCGAAACUUCAUAAUGAAUCCGAAAAGUGGCCUUAAAAUACGACCUUUUAGGCAAGCUCACCUCAACAGGGACAGGGAUAGGGAAUUACUACACUUAUCCACUUAUCUAAGGGAUAUAGCUCAGUAUUGCGAAGAUUUUGACCUUCUCAACCAUAAAAAGUGGGAGAAAUACAAGCCGGACAAAAAUAGGACUCAAACGGCUGGCAGCAAAAGGAAAGCCGAAGACAGCACCCCUUCGACACCCAAAGAAUGACGGUAAAUAGCAACCAAUCGCCUUAAUUGCUUAUAAGACUGCAGAACUGCUAACUAGACUUAAUAUUCGAUAGUCAAACAUUAAAAAUGUUUUCAAAAAACAAUAAUUUUAAUUAAUAACAUUCGUAUUAAGGCGAUCUGCGUUCAGUUUUCGUGAUUUCGUUCACCGGGAUUGAUAUCGAAUUUGUGUUGCUAUUUAAAAAAUAUAUAACUGAUAUUAUCUAGAACAAAUAAUGGAUAAUUUUGAGACUAAUUACUUUUAUUUAGUUUCGAUUAUGGCGCUAGUGGCUAUUAUAGAUAAUAUAUAUUUUUUUAGCUCUCAAUCAUUUAUAAUUCUCAUUUUUUUACGCUUGGCAAUACACAAAGUGCACAGAUAAAAUAUGGCUUAGGUAUUAAUAGUCUGUGGAAUUAGAUAUAUUUAGAUAGUUUGUGCCAAUGUUGUGCAAAAAAAAUAUGAAGAAGAAAAAUUUGAAUAAUCCAUUUAUAGUUGACACCAGAAUAAUGACAAUUUAAUAAAUAGUUUUACAACAAUCGAUGUGAAAAAUUAUUUGCUGAAUUGCACAUAUAAAAAAGGCAAUUAAUAUAUGUAUUACUGUUAUUUACUUUUUUCUGAAUUCUGGUGUCACAAUACAGCAGUUAGAUUUAAAAGUUUUUAAUCAUGACAUUGCAAAUAACACAGGUAAAGAAUUGUUGCAUUUAAUGCCUUUUAUUAAUAUUGUCUACUUUGAAAGUCCAUACAAAGUUCGCCUUACCAGCCAUUUAGACAUAAUAAAUGUAAAUGUCGGUCCUGCUUGUGAUCUCUCUUUGGUGGUGUCGGAUUGCCGUCCCAACAGGCGCAGAGAUUGAAGGAAUAGUGAGUGCACCUGUGUGUGCGCAAAUGCUCGUGCACUAUAAUAUGUCCUGCGCAGCUGGCUGAUCUCCUUAAACGAGAACAGCCGCCGUGACCGAUAAUCGGCUAGGAGGACAUCAUCAUCAUAAAUGUAGCAGAUAUGCAGUUAUGAUAAAGUUAACAAUUCAUGGACUUUUGAAGUAGAAUCUUCUUAUAAUUAUUUAUUUAAAUAAGGAAUUAUGUAACAAAUUACUUCCAUUUAAAGUCAGGUUUUAAAUAUGUUUCACAUACAUAGUUUAACUGUUCAAUACUGCAUUUUAUUAUAUAAUGACUCCAAUUCUUUCUUUGAAAAACCAUUCAGUAAUAUGGACAUAAAAACGCAAAGAUUUUAUUUUUUCAAAAAUAAAGAUUGAAGUAAAAAAUGCAAAAAUCAGCACUUUUUGAAGGUCACGUUUACAAAAGACAGCCCCCAAAAACGCCCUCCCUUCACCGCUUCCUAUGUGUUUUUGUUGUGAAGAAGAAAUGGUGGAACAAACUCCCCAGCAACAUAAUUCUGUCUAUAUGGUUAGAAGAGCCAACACGACAAUAUAAAAUAAAAGUUAAUAUAUUUCAAUCUCCUUAGCUUCAUAAAAAUAAGCAUUUAAUGUAGUAAAUUAAUUCAAAUAAACAUUGGUGCUUAAAAGUAUUGAGAAACGACGAAAUAGAUAUAUUUAACUUGUUACUGCAUUUUGUAUCUUAUGUCCUUAUGAAUAAAGUCUUUGAAGCUUUCAAACGUAACGGUUUUCAUAAAAUAAUAAUAAUCAUCUUAUCUGUGUAUUUUUUAUUAUUAUGGUCAAUUACAACCGAAUACCGAAACGCAACUCAUCUUGGACUACAUUAUUUCUCUAGAUUUUCUGCGACUGAAAUAUUUUCAGUAAAUGAACAGUUGAGUAACGUUUGGAUAUUUCGAGGUUAGUUCAAAAUCACGAAUUUUCAUGUUGUAAUAUUCUGAAAUCUGUAGCCUCCAAUAAUAGUUUCCGAAUACUGAGUAUUUUAACACGACAAAAAGUGAAAAAGAAUAUGCAGUUUGAACUUCAUACAUUUUCCAAAAGUCCAAACAAUUAAAAUGUCCAUGUUCUAAGUGCAUUCAGGUAGUCAUUUUAUAUUUUACAAAAUAAGUCAUAUACAUAGUUAGAUAUUGUCCAUUUUAUUAAGUCUUUAGGUCUGGGCUAUGUACCAACGUUGUACAUAACUGGUACAUGGCCUCUGUCUAAUUAGGUUAUUAUAUUUUUAAUUUAUAAAAUAAAAUAUUUGAAAAAUA